AUGCUCUCCGAGUCGUCUGUCCCCGCUCUCGUCGGGUUUCCCGAGACGGGGGCCCACGAGCUCGGCGCGGCCUUUUCACCGGCGGCCAGCGCGUCUGCCCCGAGCCUGCCUUCGGCGAGCUCUGAACCGCCCCCAUUUCGGGCGGCGGCCGACCCGGGAGCGUCGAAGCCGUCGGAUCCUGUCCAGGGUUCGAGCGCCGCUCCGUCAAAAGAGCUCGACAGGACGCGAGAGACCUUUCGCCGGUUCCGAUGUCCGCAGGAGGAGGACGACCUCGACUGUGGGACUCUCUGCGGCGCCCGGUGUGAGGGACACGGCUACUCCCCGUCGCAGUUUUUCCGCGAGCCUCUUUCCCCGCGAUACGACAGAGAAAUGGACGACGAUGAUUGUCGGCCCCCGCAAAGGCUCAAUGCGUCUGAGGAGUUACGCUGGUGUGGAUUCCCCGAGGGACGGCGUGGAGAGGAUCUGGAGUCCUUCGUUCUCGACAUGGCCGGGGGGAAUGGUUCCUCGGGCUCCUCGCCCGUGCUUUGCCCGGCCUCUUCGCGAGCAUCCCUGGCGUCGUCCCUCUGCACGUCUUCUUCGCCUACGCCUGCGCACCAGUCCAGGCUUGUCGAGGGGAGCGGCGACUUCGUGCCAGCGAAGGGGCUGUCUCCGAAGUGUGGGGAAGCUGAGAGACAGUGGUCGUCGGGGCGAAGAGGCCGAGGAAGGAAGAGAGCGCCGGUGGAAGAUGAAGCGGGGCGGAAAGGAGACACAUCUGGUCAAGACCAACGCGACUCUGACGCGGGCGUCGCGGCUCUCACGAGACUUCUUGCGAAGAAAUGCAGGUUGAAUAGCAACUCCCCGGAAAACCAUCCCGAUUUCCUCGUGUAUAAGCCGCUCGCGGGGACGCCUCCCGCCUUGGUGUCGCCUCUCCACGGUCCCUCGGUGUUCGCUAAAGGGCGCCCGGCGGACGAGAAACCACGUGGAGACCGAGAGAGCAGUUUUCCUGGCCGCGUGCGGGACGGAGUAUGUGAGCGAGUGAUGGCGAGUGUGCAGUCGCAGGCAGGCUCGGCAGUCCCUUCGGGCCGGGGAACUGCCGGUGGCGGCUUGGACGGGGGCCAGAGCGUCCCGAGCACGACGUCGGAACGCAACGCGCGCGAAACCUGUCGGCCGACCUGGCCCCGAAGGCCCGAAGGAGACACAGCCGAGAAGAGCUCUGAAGGGGAACGCCAGGCCGAAACGAAGGAAGAGCAAAUGGACCAAGACGUCGACUUUAGCGAGGGCCCAAGGCCCGAGCUUGCAGAGACAUUUAGCGGGAAGGCAAACGCUACUUUUUUCAGCGCCGACAGCGGGAGUUGUGGUCAGCUUGAUGGGUCGUGGAAACCGGCGGCCUCCAGUGCGUUCUAUGGGAGGCGAAACUCGUCGUGUUCCACAUCGUUGUCGGCGGACGUCGCCUCGCCGGUGCAAUGGACAGGUUCCCGCCCUUUUCGCGCUUCCUGUUCGACGUCGUUCCCCCUUUCUUGCUGCUCGUCGUCUUCGUCCUUGGACAGCAAAGCAGAUGAUCGGGAACACGCCCCAGCUUCGCCUGUUCGGCGGCAGGGCUGGGCGGAGAAGGGAACAGACGAGGGGGACUCUGACGCGCGCCGCGCCGACUUUGGGGAGAACCGCGUGCCUGCGCGGCAAGCUGGUUCUCAGCUUCGCGAUCUCGGCGAGUCUGCACGGUCUCCACGGGCCCCCGACGGUCAGCGCCCCGUGCGUCGGCUCGGUGUGGGGCGCGCCUGUUCGCGAGAAGACGGCACGCGAAGCACGGAGGAAGCAAGAGAAGCGCGAGGAAGCAGACCAGGUUGUGCGCCGCUUGGCGAACAAGGCGCGGGGCCAGAUGCCCGCCGCUUUGAUACGCAUUCAUGGUCGAUGCCGACGGAAAAACAGAAGCGCUUGCGCAUGCAGGAGCUCCUCGCCAUCACCCGGUCUCCACCGUCCCGAAACCCCGCGUUUCCUUCCCCGGUCUCUCCCCGGAGUCGCGCUGAUCAGACUCGCGCGGAGAGGGGAGUUUACCGAUCUGUCGAUCUGGGUGCACUCCGCAGCCGCACGCCGACUUGCCAGCCAGCUUUCAGUUCCAGGUCGCCUGAACGCUUGAGAGCCGACAGUGUGCGCGGAGGCCCCGGGAGACCGGGGCAGAUGGCCUGGACAGUUCGGGCGCCUGUCGCCGCGCCACACAUGGGAAGGGACGAAGACAAUCACGAAGAGACGAUCUGCCUCGCAACGCCCGCUGUGUCCCCUCGCCAGCGGCGCGAAGGGGCGAAUUCCGAAGACGAAAGCGGAGACGACUUGGACGCGUUCCUCCCUUCGUUUUCCUCUGGGCCUCGCGGAUAUGCCGCGUCGAUCUACUCGUUUUCGUCCUCUUCCUUCUCGGCGACCUCGUCCUUCUUGUCGGAUUCUUCUUCCAUCCUCAGCGGAGACACGUUCGCGCCGGGACUCGCGCCGAGCGUCGGCAGCCGAAGCGGGGAAGGAUUCUCCUCUCUCGCGUCCUUCGCCUCCUCGGACGGGUCCGUAGGUUCCAGUUGGUUAAGCGGCGCAGGGGGAGGCUCGCCUUCGUGGACCGGAAUCACGGUCUCGACGCGGGCGUCUCCGCCCGUGUCUCCUUCAGACCUGCUGCCGUCGUCCUCGUUAGCUCUCUCCGUGGGCGCGGCGCGGUCCCCACCUGCGACGUUCUCGUCCUAUGCCGUGAAUCCAUUCCAGGCGUCGCCUUCCUCUCCACCGUGCUCGGCUCCUCUCGCGUGUCCUGCAAACGCGUCGCCGGAAAGCCGCACCAACGGUGCGGCGUCUUCCACAGCGCCGCUCGGGGGUUCCUCGACUCGGCCGUCGGCUUCCGUGCACGCCGCGGCCUCGUCGCAACUGCCGGUCUCGACGUCGUCUCUCUCUCCUCUCCUCACAUGCCCCGAUCUCUGUAGAGACGCCGGCAGCCGCAGGCAGAAUCUUGGCUCGGCCCCGGCGCGCUCCACGCGCCGCGCGCACUCGCGAAGGCGCUCGUGCGACGGGGCGGCAGUGUCAGACGAUUCGAGAACCGCGCGGCGAGGCGAACCCUCGGAAACCCGAGUGAUCGACUACGUCGCGGCGAACCGGCUGCUAUGGGAGGCGCAGUUCGAAUGA